UGAAGCUGCCAAGGCAGGGUCAUACUCGAAAGUUCGAUUUUGAUACACUGAAAAACGUCAAAAAAUAUCGAAAAUCAAAAUGGCUCUAUCAUACGCCGAUGCAGUAUGGCUAGUCAAGACUGAGGCCCAAAGGCAUGCUUCGUUACAGAGAGAGCGAUGUUCGAUCUACAGUGCCUGCGACCGAGUCGCAGCUGAGAGAAUCACCAGCCCUAUUUCCACCCCCGAGUACGAUACCUCGGCCAUGGACGGAUUUGCCUUGAGUUCUACUGCAACAGAGACUGCCAGUCCCGAGACGCCAGUCACGUUUAACGUCAUGGCUACCACGACAGCCGGCGACCGGCCGUAUCCGGCUGCAGACAGUCUGAGGGAUGCAAAGGAUAGCAUUCCCCCCUGCGUAGAGAUCAUGACGGGAGCUCCUUUUCCUACUGGCCAGGAGUGGGAGCGAUUCGACUGCAGCGUCCCGAUUGAGGAGGUAGUCGUGCAAGAGGACCGGUGUCCUCCCUCGCAACGCCGGUACGUUUCUGUCUGCAAACCAGCCAGACGGUGGCAGCACAGACGGUUUGCUGGGGGGGACUUUACCCAGGGCGAUCGUAUAAUCGAGGCCGGCGACUGUAUCCAGCCGCAGCAUAUCAUGGCAAUGGCCUCGGUGGGUCUGAGAGAGAUUCCAGUCCUGCGCAGGCCCCGGAUUGCCGUCUUCUCGACCGGAUCCGAGUUGAUGUCUGAUGCCAGCAAGGCGCACCAGUUCAUGAUCUACGACGCCAAUGGCCCAUACCUCACUUCGAUCCUUCGGCAAUGGGGUUUUGACGUGGUCUUUCGCGGGGUCCUUCAAGACGAUUCAGCAGCCAUGGAGGAGUCGAUUGUGCGGGCGCUAGAUUAUGGGUACGACAUGAUUGUCACUUCUGGCGCCGUCUCUGCUGGUCGCUGCGACAUCAUCCCUGGUCUAGUCAAGCGUAUAGGGGGCCGGACAGUCUUCCAUAAGGUCGCCGUCAAGCCUGGCCAUCCAAUCCUGUUCGCGAUGCUCCCGCCCCCUCGCGAGACAGGCGAGACGGCAUUCUUCGGGCUGCCUGGGAACACGGUCGCGGCAGCUGCCUGCCUCCGGUUCUUUGCUCUGCCAUAUCUCAGGACUCUCCAGCGACAGAGCCCAGAGGAGCCGAAGGCGGCCGCGCUACGGCUAUCCAACGGAGAAACAGAGCCGUGUAACGGGGCGGCAGGCAAAGUCUUGACAUUCCGCGAAGCACCAGACAUCUUCCGGCCGGCGAUCUCGACGCAGUCUGGGCAAGUUUGGAUUAUUGACGACCACAGUCCCGGCAAGACGAGGCCGUUCCUGCAGGCCAACUGCUGGGCACACAUCCCGAGCGGAGUGUCCGAAAUGCGAGCCGGUAGUCGCGUCGAUAUAUACCCGCUAUAA